AUGUUCAGAAACAAUUAUGACGGAGAUUCCGUGACGUUCUCGCCCACGGGCAGACUGUUCCAGGUGGAAUAUGCGUUGGAAGCCAUCAAACAAGGUAGUGUCACUGUUGGGGUCAGAUCCAAGAAACACGCGGUGCUGGUGGCUUUGAAACGGAAUGCAGAUGAAUUGUCGUCGUACCAAAAGAAAAUAAUCAAGUGUGACGAGCAUUUGGGUCUUUCGCUGGCAGGGUUGGCUCCCGAUGGCCGUGUGCUCAGCAAUUACUUGAGACAGCAGUGCAACUACUCCAGUCUCGUGUAUAACCGUAAACUCUCGGUGGAAAAGGCAGGCUUCUUACUCAGCGACAAGGCCCAGAAAAACACACAGUCCUACGGCGGCAGACCCUACGGUGUCGGGCUUCUGUUGGCUGGCUGCGACAACAGCGGACCUCACUUGCUAGAAUUUCAGCCCUCGGGAAACACACUGGAACUUUACGGGGCUGCCAUUGGGGCGCGUUCCCAGAGUGCCAAAACGUACCUGGAAAGAACCCUGAACGAAUAUCUAGAGAUCGAGGAUGCCGACAAGUUAAUUGCUGUAGCAGUGGAGGCGCUCAGGCAGUGCUUGAAAGACGAGUCGCUCACUACCAAGAACUUCUCUAUAGCCGUUGUGGGCCAUAAUAAACCCUUCACCGUGCUCGAUGAUGAGGCUGUUGCGCCCUACCUAUGA